AUGGCAAACACUGCUACCAGCAGCACCGCCGCUGCCGGCACACCAAGUUCCGCUGGCAACGACGGUCCGUUCACGGGCGGAUGCGCCUGUCACCAGCGGGAGACUGGGUCGGCCUUCGCCCUGAACGCCAUGUACGAGGCGCCGCUCGUGGGGCUCAGUACGGCUGUUCAGCCAGAGUUGGUCGAGACUUCAACGGCAUCUGGAAACCCGCAGACCAUCGCGCGGUGCCCCGCGUGCCGCGUCGCCGUCUGGAGCAGCUACGGCACCCACGGCGGGGACCGGGUCCGGAUCAUUCGGGUCGGGACGCUGGACAACCCGGAUCUCUUCCCGCCGGAGAUGCACAUAUAUACGAGCACAAAGCAGCCGUGGCUCAAUCUGAGCGGCGACGUGCCCUUCGUUCCGGAAUUCUACCACUUACCAGAUGUCUGGCCAAAGGAGAGGUUGGAGAGGCUGCAACGCGCUCUCGGAACGAGUGUUGGAGUAGGAGAGUGA